CCUUACCCGCCAUGCUCCGCGCGGCAUACACGGAAGUGGCUUCUUCAAUCUGAGGAAACGGGUGUUUGUGGUCCUGUCUCGUCAGUUGGCGGUCACUACACAGAAUGAAAGGAGUGCGAGGACCCGGGGAGAGCCGAGACACCGCCAUGGCCGUGGAGCAGGACAUGUUUGAUGCUGUCGUGAUGGCGGAUGAGAGAUUCCAUGGGGAGGGAUAUCAGGAAGGCUAUGAAGAAGGUAGUAGCUUGGGAAUCAUUGAAGGAAAGCAGUAUGGCAUGUUACAUGGAGCCAAAAUUGGAUCUGAGAUUGGAUGCUACCGGGGUUUUGCUCUUGCAUGGAAGUGUCUCCUACACAAUGGCGCUAGUGAGAAAGACAGCAGGAAGAUGAAGGUGGUGGAGGCUCUGAUCGAGCUGCUGCAGGGCUUUCCCUAUGAUGAUCCUACUUAUGAGAAACUCCAUGAAGACCUGGACAGAAUCAGAGCUGUGCUCACUGCUCAACGUGCAUCCGGACUUCAAGGUGACUGCAGGAGGCUCUGGACUCACAUUUUAAGGACCCACAGAAGAGCAGAUGUCUGCACAUUAAGUGUCACAGUGAUUAAAGGCAAGCUUGAGAGGCACCCAUUGUUCUGUGGGAGGAGCAGUUCGGCCUCUUCCCUGAGUCUCUGCCUGGGGAGCUUGCAGAGGUCUGACCACUCUGCCUCCUGCACAGGGGCAGCACUCUCAAGAGACUGCUUGCCACUGGACAGAGUAUGUGGCCCUGGGUAGGGUUACCCUGAGGGUAGGACUGAUAGAGGCAGGUUGAUGUUAAAUGGGUUCAUGGGAAGCCAUGACAGGGUCUUGCUGUCUGCUGAGCCUCUGCUGGCCACGCUUGGGCCUCCUUGUUUCACUUCAUUUCUCUGGCAGCCCCAGAGGUGGAUACCAUUCUGGCUUAGAGGUGCUGAAAUAGACCCAUCUAGUCUAAGGGCCAAGCAGCAGUGCUGGCUUUCACCCCAGGUCCAUGUCCUACAGUAGUACCACAUGGUUCCUCUGCCGCCAGCAUGUGUUGUCAUUGCCAACACCAUGGGAGGACCCAGAUUCCUGCUGUGUGCCCAGGACUUGGGCUCCAUUGGACUUGGUUUGCCUCUGGAUGCCCAGCUGAGAAGACAAGGGGGGGAGCAAAACUAGGGAGGAAGCUGAAGCAAGGCCUUCAUACUGCUCCUAAACAGGUGUGGGAUGAGCUCUACACAUUAAGAAAUGGCAAUGGAGCUGGUGGUGGUGGUGCACGCCUUUAAUUCCAGCACUCGAAAGACAGUAGGCGGAUCUCUGAGUUUGGAGUCAGCCUACUCUACAGAGUGAAUUAAAAAACAAACAAACAAAAAAUGGCAUUAGGGGAACUACUGGGAACCAAAGCAGAACUAAAUGGUGGUGGUCACUGUGAAUGUGUAGGACUUGCCCGGGUGACACUGUACUUCCUUUAGCAGCAGCUUGUGUGUCUGGCAUGGUAUUUACAGGCAGGUAUAAGGUGAGCUGGCAGGAGUAGGCACAGUGCUCUCAGGCAUUUCUGUAGAGAGAAUAUCUUUGUGUUGUACGAAUCCAUCACCUGUCAAUUAAAAAGCCUAUGGCCUAUGGGUUAGGCAGUAAAUAGAGGUGGAACGUCUGGGAGAGAGAAAGCAUUCUGGGUUACAGCCAGGUGGGAGAUCCACCAGGGAAGAUGUGAGGAGAUAGACACGUGGUACCUGAGCGCAGGUAACCAGCCACGUGGUAGAAUGCAGGUUAAAAGAAAUGGGUUAUCUUUGGUUAUGAUCUAGUCAGAGCAGAGCCUAGCUGUAUGUCCAAAGUAUUUGUAAAUAUGUUUUGAGUCUGAGUCUUAUUUUUGGCAGCAUGGGGCUGGAAGGAAGAACUGGGCCUAACUUGUCCACAUGUCACAGGUGUGGGCACACAUGACAGCAUGUGUUGAUAUGCCCUCCUUUGGGUGGCCCCAUUGUACCCUGGCUGUCCCUACUUUAUUUCCAUUUUGUGACAGGGUCACCAUGGAUGCAUGCCACUUGGAGUUUUGGGUCCUUUUUGAUUUUAAUUUUCUUUUACAGAUGGUCACUACAUAGUCCAACCUGGCCACAAAGGGUGAUCCUCCUGCUUCAGUCUCCCAAGUGCUGGGAUCUUAGGCCUGUGGCCCUAGGACACCGUUUUUUAACAUCAUUUCACAGCUUCUUGGUAGAGUAGCAGGUCCUAUGUGCAGCUGGAGCUGUUCCCUCCUUCCAUCAGCCCAGCUGAGCCAGUGGGAGGGCUGGGGUGGGGCCUGAGGCUUGGGGCACCUUGCCUCUGGCCUCCUGAGCCUGGCACUGCCUCUCAGGUAUUCAGUACCACUCUGCCAGAUGCUCCCAGGAUCAGGUACUCUUUGGUGUGCUGCUCUGAGAACUGAGCUCGGAGGGCUGUGGCCGCCCGCUGUUAUCACCAUAUUUUACUUUCCUACUAUAUUUGGAAAAAAAAGAAUAAAUAGUGUAUUUUAAAGCA